AUGAACGGAAGCUCCACUGUUUCCGAGUCCACUCAAUGUUCAAAGACAGAUACGCCGUCGGAUGAUGGUAGCAAUGGAGCAGGGGCCGAAAAAGGGAGUCCCCAUGUCUUCAAUGAGCAGACAAACUUCGUUCCAAGGCGCACCAUCAUUACUAUAUUCCUGGCAUGUGCCAGUCUUGAUCUACUGGCUUUAAUAGACCAGACCACUCUAGCCGCCAGCCUUUCAAUUAUAUCAAAUGAUCUGGCUGCGGGGGACGAAACGUUAUGGAUAGCUGGAGGUUAUUUCGUGACGUCGACGUGUUUCCAACUGCUUUACGGGCGCUUUUCUGACAUCUGGUCACGGAAAGUAAUCCUCUACAUUGGUCUCGUCAUCUUCUUCAUAGGAUCUCUAGCAUCCUCUCUCGCACGAACAGCAAUAGAGUUGAUCGUCUUCCGCGCGUUGAGCGGCAUUGGCGGUGGUGGCUUGAUAACUCUAGGGCAGCUAAUAGUCAGUGACGUCGUUCCGCUCCGUGAACGGGGAAAGUAUCAAGGUAUUUUAGGUUCUGUAGUAGCCCUCGCCAACGGCAUCGGACCGGUGAUUGGCGGUUCCUUAGCCUCGAUAUCAAAGGGCUCAUGGCGGUGGAUAUUUCGUCUCAACCUCCCGCUUACAGUACUUGCCAUCCUCUGCGUCAAAUUCUUCAUGCCGCUAAGAAAAGUAGAAGGAAACUGGCGGGCGAAACUUCGGACGAUAGAUUUCACUGGCGCUUUUCUUGCGCUUGGCGGGACAGUGGUGCUCAUGCUUGGCCUGGCAUGGGGUGGUGAAUAUCCAUGGAACUCAAUACAGGUCGUUACCUCAUUAGUCGUUGGGGUUUGUGUCUCGUUAGCGUUUGUCCUUUGGCAAUGGAAGGGGGCAUCUACUCCUCUGAUACCGAUGCAUAUUUUUAAGUCGCGUCUAGUCAAUGGAGCCUGUCUGACGAUGUUCAUCAAUGGGUGGAAUUCUGUCGUUCAGCUCUACUACAUUCCUACGUUCUAUCAGCUGGCAUACGGCUACUCGGCUACCAAGGCGGCUUCGUUGCUGCUACCGGUCGUAUUAGUUCAGACUGUUGGCAGUUCACUUUCCGGCCUUUUCGUGUCCUGGGCUGGUCGCUACCGAGAAUGUAUCCUUUUAGGAUGGGUUAUUUGGGCCAUUGGCCUUGGUCUAUACUCGACGCUUGAUAGCUCUUCGGGACUUGGAAAGCAGAUUGGGUAUGGGCUGUUGACCGGUGCUGGUGUGGGGAACACUCUGCAGCCGGCUCUCAUUGCCAUCCAAGCAGGCGUUGAGCGGCGUGAAAUGGCUGUCGUGACGUCAUUUAGGAACUUCUUGAGAAAUCUCGGCGGAACACUUGGGAUUACAACCGCAGGGGUCAUCCUGCAUAAUGUGUUGGUCUCAUCCUUUUCCUCCCUCAACCUCAGCGACUCAGAGGCCAGGAGACUUCUCAGGUCUCCUGACACGUACCUUGCUACGCUCUCGGAAUCUGAGGCUUCGCGCGUUCGGUCUAUUCUUAUUCCGUCGUAUCAGAAAGGGUUCCGAAUUAUAUUCCUUAUCGGCGCCGGGACUGCGGCAUUGGCUUUUUUUCUUGCCGUUUUUCUAAUACCACAAGUAGCUCUAAAGCGGCCAGAUGAUGAUAUGUUGAAAGAGGAAGGUAAAAAGAGAGUUCAGGUAUCUAAAAAUCGGUCCGUGCAAGAUAAGGUGUGA